CAGCGGUGCGGUGUGGUACGGUGCGGGCUGCCCACUAUUCAGUAUUCACGGCACAUCCCCUCUUGCUGGCUGGCUGGCUGUCUGGCGGGCAUCUCAGUCCUCACACUUCCUCACACAGUCUUCCCGUAGCCGCCACGAGGAAGGCGUGCCGCUGCUGUGUUGGGAGGAGCCUCGCAGAGCGGCGUGGCGAGGGCGGCGGGAUGGCCAACAGGAGCAGCAGCAACAAGUUCGACACCCUCCUGACGAAGCUGGGGACGGGAAAAUGGAACUUCCUUAUCUUCUUCACCUUCAGCUACUGGAACAUGCACCUGGCCUCCAACACCCUCUCCGGAGCUUUCGUGGCCCCCGCCGUGGGCCACACCUGCCGCCCCCCCGCCCACGGCUACACCCUCGCCACCACCACCUUCACCGCCCAGGGCCAGAACAACACCUCAGAAGACCACUGCCACUACCUGGUCAACAGCACGCUCAACGGGGGCUUCGACGAGGUGCCCUGCGACGCCUGGACCUACGACAACACCACCUACACCACCACGCUCACCUCACAGUUCAACUUGGUGUGUUCGUCGGAGUACCUGCGCGCCACCUACCAGAGCCUAUACAUGUUCGGGACCUUGUUCGGAGCGCCCAUCAACGGCAUCCUCGCUGACAGGUUCGGCCGCAAGACGACGCUCACCCUAGGCGUCCUUCUGUUCUUCUCCCUGGCCGUGGCGAGCUGCUGGCUGUCCACCCUGGCCUCCGUGCUGGCCUUCCGCUUCAUCCUGGGCCUCCUCCAUCCCGUGGUGCUGCAGACCGGCUAUAUACUGGCCCUGGAGGUGUGUGAGCCGCGCCACCGCUCCGUGCUGGGCAUCGUGAUAUCUUGUCCGUGGGCGCUGGGGACCAUGGCGUGGGGCGGCAUGGCCUACCUCAUCAGGGACUGGCGGUGGCUGCAGCUCGCCGUCAACAUCCCCGGCCUCUUCCUCUUCCCGGCGCUCUGGUUCCUGGACGAGUCGCCGCGCUGGCUCAUCGUGAACGGGCACUUCGAGCGGGCCAAGGAGGUGAUGGAGCGCGCCGCCAAGUGGAACAAGAAGACGCUGCCGCCGCAGGAGGAGCUCGAGCACCUCAUGGUUGCCAUCCAGCGGGAGGCGAGGGUCGGGCAGCGGGCGCCGAAGGAGAACCGUCAAGAGGACCGAGAUCGAAGCGGCUACAGGAAGAAGGCGUGGAACGUGAUGCUGCGGCUCUUCAUACUUUUCAGAACGCCCCGUCUCCGCCUCGUCACCCUCGUCCUCAGCCUUCAGUUCUUCCUCGUGGCCCUCAUUUUCUACGGCAUGUCGCUGAACGCCGUCAACUACAGCGCCGACCCCUUCCUCUACAUGACGCUCUCUGGCCUGGUGGAGGUGCCGGCGUACACCCUGACAGCGCCCAUCAUCGCUAGGCUGGGCAGGAAGAGGCCGACGAUCGCGUUCUACACCAUCAGUGGUGUUGUGAUUGUGGCUGUAGCGUUUAUUCCACCUGGGCACCGGUGGGUGGUCAUGGCGCUGGCACUGACGGGUCGCAUGUGUAUCAGCGCCGCCUUCCAGCUGCUCUACCUCUAUAGCGUGGAGCUGCUCCCGACGGAGGUGCGGCUGCAGGCGCUGGGCUUCAACACCAUCGCGUCCAGGCUGGGCUCCAUGAUUUCCCCCUUCGUCACGGAACUGCUGGGUCCCGUGUACCCCUCGGCGCCGUCGCUUGUGUUCGGCAUCGGGGCCUUCGCGGCGGCGCUGUUGACGCUGCCGCUGUGGGAGACGCUCGGCCACAUGCUGCCCGACACCAUCACCGACCUGGAGGAAGGCCGCUGCCGCCCCCUCAGUGCGCGAGAGGCGGAGGACGAAGACGAGGAGACGGAGAUGGCCAAACUGCGUGCGUGAGUGUGUGUGUGUGUGUGUGUGUGUGUGUGUGUGUGUGUGUGUGUGCUGAAAGAGUCCCGUUAUACUGUUUUGUGAAAUGUUUAUACUGAUUAUGCAUAUUAUAUUAAUGUAAGCCGA